CAAGCAGUGCAUGAGACCAAGGUGGUGCAAGGUGCAAAGGGCCACACCACCUUUCACUCUGCCUCACUCGCUUGCUAGCUGUUGUCUGAGAACCAUGGAGAACGGCAACUCCUCUGGGGGACUCAGCCCUCUUCUUUUUCUCCUCUUCUUCCUCUUCCCUGGGGUCACCUCAGCACCUACCAGAGAACCACAAUACCUGGUUCUGGUUCCUUUCCUAAUCCACACAGAGACUACAGAGAAGGUCUGUGUCCACCUGAGCCACCUGAACGAGACUGUGAUGCUGAGCAUCACACUGGAAUAUGGACCAGAGAACAGAAGCCUGAUCAGAGACGUGGUUUCACAGCAAGAUGUGUUCCGGUGCAUCCACUUCCAACUUCCCAAAUGGAGCAGUGCAUCAGAAGUAUUUCUCACUGUUGUAGUGAAAGGGCUGACACACAAGUUCAGAAGCCGAAAAACAGUACUGGUCAAAAACCGUGAGAGCCUGGUCUUUGUCCAGACAGACAAGCCUGUCUACAAGCCUGCACAGAAAGUUCAGUUUCGAAUCGUUUCCCUAAAUGAAAGUUUCUAUCCCUUGGAUGAGAAGUUCCCUUUGGUUUACGUCCAGGACCCCAAGAGAAACCACUUAUUCCAGUGGAGAGAUGUAGAGCUUGAGAGGGGCAUCUCCCAGCUCUCUUUUCCUCUUGCUUCUGAGCCCAUGGAAGGGACUUAUACCGUGGUAGUAGAGAAAACCAGCGGGAAGAAAGUUGAACGUGCCUUUACUGUGAAGGAAUAUGUAUUACCCAAAUUUGAAGUUUUGGUGAAGGUGCCCAAAAUCAUAACAAUUAUGGCUAAAGAGAUUGAUGUCACCGUCUGUGGAAGAUAUACCUAUGGAAAACCUGUCCCUGGUCUGGUGGAAAUCCAUGUUUGUCGGGAACAUGAACCUAAUGUUAUGACCAUGUACUUAUCUAGAAGAGAGUGUCCUGUGGACGAUAGCAUAUGUUUGGAAUUCAGUGGAAAGGCAGAUGAGCAUGGCUGUUUCUCUAAAGUUGUGAAAACAGGUGCAUUUCAGCUGAGGCGGUAUGGAUUUCAGAAGACCAUCAAGGUGGAAGGAAAGAUCACUGAAGAAGGCACAGGGGUUGAAUUAACAGGUCAAGGUUCCACAAAUAUUACCGAAAUUCUCAGCAAAAUUAUCUUUGAAAGUGUGGACACCUAUUACAAGCCUGGAAUCGCUUUUUCUGGACAAGUGAAGCUAGUGGAUGGUAUCGAUAGGCCGAUUGCCAAUAAAAGCAUCCAGAUUUUCACAGGCUUUAUUGCACGUGAAGACACCCCAGUGUAUAUAACCAAUGACCAGGGGCGUGCACAGUUUUCCAUAGAUACCACUAACUUCAGAGAUAGUCCUCUUACGAUCAUGGCAUUAACCAAAUUGGAGGUACCAUGUUCUGAAAUGAGCUGGAUUUAUCCCCAUCACCUUACUGCACAUCAUGUAGCCUUACCUUUUUAUUCACUAAGUCAAAGCUAUGUCCAUGUCGAGUCCAUUUUGGGAACAUUAAACUGUGGACACCCUCAGCCCAUUCAAGUACACUAUGUUCUGAAUCCAGGUGUCAUGGAAGAGAAAACUGUCUUUUACUAUUUAGUGAUGUCUAAAGGACGCAUUGUACAAGAAGGGACCCACAUUCUGCCUAUCAACCAUGGAGAAGCAAAGGGGGUGUUUCUUCUGAAUCUUGUUGUGGAUGUUCAAAGUGCUCCUUUGGCCCACUUGCUUGUAUACACUGUUUUGAGCAACAGAGAAGUUGUUGCUCAUUCAGCAGAUUUCACCGUUGAAAAUUGCUUUUCGAACAAGGUAAAAUUACAUUUCUCGGACACUGAAGGCCUCCCCUCCAGUGCUACUCAUCUCCACCUUUCAGCUUCACAAGGUUCCCUUUGUGCCAUCCAAGCAGUUGACAAGAGUGCGUUCCUUUUAAAGCCUGAAGCUGAGGUUUCACCAGAGACUGUUUAUAAUUUGCUCCCUGUGAAGGACCUCAAAGGCUAUCAGUAUGAGAGUCACCUUUUGGAUGAACCAAAUCCUAAUCCCUGUGUGCCCAUUCAAAAUGCAUAUAGUAGUGGCUUCCCCUUUCUACCUUUUCCUGCUGCAUCUUAUGAAGGAGACACCUAUAAUAUUUUCAAGGACAUUGGUUUAAAAGUUUUUACUAGUACCAUAAUUCGCAAGCUUGAACUUUGUCACCUGCCUGGAACACCUUUUGCCUAUGGUGCGCCAGGCCCAAUGCCAAUGCCAGUUGCCGCAGGAGUUGUUAUGCCAGGUGCCGCAGGAGGUGUUAUGCCAGGUGCCACAGGAGGUGUUAUGCCAGGUGCCGUAGGAGGUGUUAUGCCAGGUGCUGCAGGAGGUGUUAUGUCAGGUAGACUUCCAGAAUUUGGAGCUGGUAUGGCUCAAGAUGGCGUACCAGGAACACCAAUGGGAUUUCCAGUUGAUUUCUAUCGUGGAGGAAACUUCGACUACAGCAAACCAAUAGAGACAAUCAGGAGUAUCUUCCCUGAGACAUGGAUGUGGUUUACCACUACACUGGAUCCUGAACAAGAGGUUGAUAUGCUGGUGACCAUUCCAGACACCAUCACAGAAUGGAAAGCUGGAGCCUUCUGUACAUCAGCAGAAACAGGCUUUGGUUUGUCCAACCCUGUCUCCCUCAAGGCUUUCCAGCCCUUUUUCCUGGAGCCCACCUUACCUUAUUCCAUUGUGCGAGGAGAGAAGUUCAUUCUGAAUGCCACUGUCUUCACCUAUCUGCAACACUGUGUUAGGGUGAGCAUAUCUCUGGCACCUUCUCCGGAUUUCAUAGCUUCCCCCAAACAGAAGGAAGAACAAUCUUACUGCCUGUGUCCAAAUAAGACGAAAACUGUGUCCUGGACUGUAACUCCCAAAUCUCUUGGGGAACUGAACUUCACAUUAAGUGUUGAGGCUGUGCACUCAGAUGAAUUUUGUGGGAAUGAAUUACCAGAGGUGCCCACAAAAGGACGAAAAGACACGGUGACCAGAUCGCUAUUGGUUGAGCCUGAAGGGCUUGAGAAGGAGGUGGUCUUCAGUUCUCUGCUCUGCGCAUCUGGAGAAUCACAGUCAGCAACUGUUUCCUUAACACUACCUGAAAAUGUUGUGGAAGAUUCAGUCAGGAGCUCUUUCUGUGUGCUGGGUGAUAUCCUGAGCACAGCCAUACAGAACCUCCACCAGCUGCUCCAGAUGCCCUACGGCUGUGGGGAGCAAAACAUGGCCCUCUUUGCACCCAAUAUCUACAUCCUGGACUAUCUGAAUAAGACUGGGCAACUGACCGAAGAGAUCAAAUCUAAGGCCACUGGAUAUUUAGUUGCUGGCUACCAAAGGCAGCUGAACUAUAAGCAUCCUGAUGGCUCCUACAGCACUUUUGGAGAGGGUAGUAGCAUGCCAGGAAAUGCAUGGCUGACAGCUUUUGUGCUCAAGUCCUUUGUUCAGGCGAGCCACCACAUCUUUGUAGAACAGAGGCACAUCUUGGACACUUUGAACUCGCUGGCCCACAAGCAACAGAAGAAUGGCUGCUUCCAGAGCACUGGGAAACUCCUGCACAAUGUUAUGAAGGGUGGGGUUGUUGAUGAGUUCACGCUAUCUGCCUACAUCACCAUUGCUUUGCUGGAGAUUUCUCUGCCUGUCAAUCACACUGUUGUACACAAUGCUUUGUUGUGCUUGGAGUCACGGACAGAGGCAAAAGAGAUCCAUGUUUAUACCCGGGCCUUGCUGGCUUAUGCCUUUUCCCUGGCUGGGAAAGAAGAGAAGAGAAAGCAGAUGUUGCAUUUCCUUGAACUGGAGGCUGUGAAAGAAGAGGAUGGCUCCAUACACUGGCAGCGCCCUGGAAAGGCACUGGAGAAGGUUUCUCUCCCCUACUAUCAUCCCCGUGCUCCCUCUGCGGAUGUGGAAAUGACAGCCUAUGUGCUCCUUGCUUACCUUUCCAAAAGGCCAGCACCUGCCCAGGAGGAGCUGACAGCAGCCAUGAAGAUUGUCAAAUGGCUGAGCAAGCAACAGAAUCCUACUGGGGGGUUUGCCUCCACCCAGGACACAAUGGUGGCACUUCAGGCCCUCUCCCUAUAUGGAUCAUUGACAUAUUCCAAGAGCAAGUCAGGUGCAAACGUGACUCUGCGUUCUGGAGAGGAUGUCUUGGGGCAGUACCUCGUGGACAGUAACAACCGCCUGCUGCUUCAGUGUGAGACUCUUCCCAAAGUGCCAGGGGACUAUAAGGCAGAAGUGACAGGGGAAGGUUGCACCUAUGUGCAGACCACUUUGAAAUACAACAUACAGACCCAGCAGGAGGAAGCUUCUUUUGUUUUGGAUGUGCACACGAUCCCCGAGGACUGCACUGGACAGAAGGCCCACAAAACAUUUGAAGUUGCUGUAAAAGUCAGUUACACUGGCCAAAACCAAAUUUCCAACAUGGUGAUUAUUGAUGUUAAGAUGCUGUCAGGAUUUAUCCCUGUGAAACCAUCUGUUAAAAAGCUGAAAAAGAGUGGUCAAGUCAAGAGGACAGAAGUGAGCACCAGCCAUGUCCUUCUGUAUUUGGAAUCGCUGAGCAGCAUGACCCAGAGUUACUCCUUCCGAGUGGAGCAGGACGUGCCUGUUCAGGGCCUGAAGCCAGCCUUGGUGAAGGUCUAUGACUACUAUGAAACAGAUGAAUCUGCUGUGGCUGAAUACAACGCCCCUUGCAGUGCAGCUGAAACUGAACAGGGGAACGCCUGAAAGAUGAGGGACUUGUCUUGGUUCCAUUUUUAGUCUCUUUCCACAAGACAAAGAAAGAAGAAACAACAGGAGAGAUGGAAUUGGAGAAAGUCUUUUUCCAGGAACAAAGGAUGUCUUCCAGCCCUUUUUGCUUGUUGACACUAUCACUUCAUAAACCCUCAUGCCUUAACCUGCUGCAGCUAUUUUUCCCAGAGCAAGCAAGUGAGAAAGUCAAAAGAGAGAUCCUAAGGUAUACAUGCUGUUUCUCUCUGGUGGAUGAAAUUAAAACAAAUUGCCUAUUCUCUUUCCUAUUCAUCUCCUCUUCGUUGGCCUUCUCUGGCCAAAAAACUGGACUCCAAAUUUGACACCAUGCACAUAUUUGCAAGGGUGGGUUGCUGAUGCACAUCUGAAAAACUUCUGGAUGCAUACUUGUGUGAUUUCAGACGGUGGCCAAACAGAAAGAGCUCCAACUGAUGGAGUCAAGACAUUCCCUGCUUUUCUUGGCCGUUGUAUCCUCCCAGCAUGUUCUUCUUCCAGGUGGAUUCUCAGCCUUGAAGUAGAUCUAGUGAAAUAAAAAUAACCCACAGGCGAAAUCAGAGAGGCGGGUUGAUGCAAACUAUGGAUGCCGGCCAUGAAAGCCUUUGACUUCACACAUCACAACUGUUUGCAUAACCCACUGCUUUAAUAUUAACCUCAUCUCACACUUCUGUUUUUGCAAGGCACCUCACAUUCUACAACAGGGGUUGGGUAAUUGUCAGAGGCACAAAACAGGCCUAUAAUGCAAUUAAACUAUGUAUGGCUGUUUAUAUAAACACAUAAUAAAGAAACUGGUGUAACAUA